AAUCAUGCCUCAAACAUCUCAACAACACACACACACACACAAUUCCUGCGCGGUUCUGAUUCUUCCUUUUAAUCUUUCCCCGCCGGGACAAUUUGUCGUGAAUUUUGUUCUGUGACAGGAUUUCUGUCACAUCGUGCUCCUAGUCACUUCGCACUCGCUGAAAUGAUCCAUCCAUUCUUUAUAAUAUGAUUCUCGUAGUUACCGCCCAGAGAGUAGAGGAAAAGAAAUUGUCCGUUACUGGACACUGCAGCAGUUUGGUGUACUAAGAUCACAUUUUUCACAGCUUCUCCAGUUGCAAAGAAUUCUCGGUCUUUUCUCUAAUUUUCUGAUAUGGAUGCGGAGGCGAGCGGUUCUGCCACCAAGCGCAGCGAAGUUAGUUCACGCAAGAAUGUGUUGACAUUAGCUUACCAAAGCUUAGGCAUAGUUUACGGAGACCUGAGCACUUCGCCACUUUAUGUUUAUAAGAGUACCUUUUCAGGCAAAUUGAAACUCCACGAGAAUGAUGACGAGAUUUUGGGAGUUCUGUCUUUCAUUUUCUGGACUUUCACGCUUAUUCCCCUCUUUAAAUACAUCUUCAUAGUCUUGACUGCAGACGAUAAUGGUGAAGGUGGCACUUUUGCCCUCUAUUCGUUACUUUGUAGGCAUGCUAAAAUGAGCCUUCUUCCCAACCAACAACCAGCAGACGAACAACUCUCUACUUACAAGUUGAUGAGACCUUGUGAAACAUCUCAAAGCUCAGCAGUUAAGGCAUUCUUUGAAAAACAUCUGAGAUUUCGAAUUUUCCUCCUGGUUGUAGUUCUGCUUGGAACCUGUAUGGUCAUUGGAGAUGGAGUGCUUACGCCUGCAAUAUCAGUUCUUUCAGCUGUGUCGGGUGUUAACAUCAAAAUUCAUAAUUUACAUGAGAAUUGCAUUGUUGCCAUUGCCUGUGUAAUUUUAAUGGGCCUAUUUGCUCUACAACACUAUGGAACAGAAAGGGUUGCUUUUCUAUUUGCACCUAUUGUGAUUACUUGGCUCAUCUGUAUAAGUGGAGUUGGUAUCUAUAAUAUAAUACACUGGAACCCAAAAAUAUUCCGAGCAAUCUCUCCCUAUUACAUGUACAAGUUACUCAAGAAAACAGGCAUGGAAGGAUGGGUGUCACUCGGAGGUGUGGUACUGUGCAUCACAGGUGCUGAGACUAUGUUUGCUGAUCUGGGGCAUUUUUCCCAGCUAUCUAUUAAGAUGGCAUUCACGGGACUGGUGUAUCCUUGUUUAAUUCUUGCAUACAUGGGUGAAGCAGCUUUUCUUUCCAAACACAAGUGGGACUUACAAAGAAGCUUUUACAAGGCCAUUCCAGAAGCAGUAUUUUGGCCAGUCUUUGUAGUGGCUACACUGGCAUCAGUAGUAGCAAGUCAAGCAGUCAUCUCAGCAACCUUUUCUAUUAUUAGUCAAAGUUCUGCUCUCAGCUGUUUUCCCCGAGUGAAAAUUGUCCACACCUCCAAUCAAAUAUAUGGGCGGAUAUACAUUCCGGAAGUAAACUGGAUACUUAUGUGUCUGUGUCUUGCAGUCACAAUUGGCUUCAGAGAUACAAAUAAGAUUGGCCAUGCCUGUGGACUGGCUGUUAUUACUGUCAUGUUUGUAACAACUUGCUUGAUGUCUUUGGUGAUUAUCAUUGUAUGGAAGAAAAACAUUCUCACAGCUCUAUCCUUCUUGAUUGUCUUUGGAUCUAUUGAACUCCUAUACAUCUCGGCAUGCCUGUACAAAGUUCCUGAGGGGGGUUGGGUUCCUGUCGUACUCUCCUUGACCUUCAUGGCCAUCAUGUAUAUCUGGCACUAUGGAACAUUGAAGAAGUAUGAAUUUGAUUCACAAAACAAGGUUUCCAUGAGAAGGAUAUUGAGUUCAGGACCAAGUCUUGGGAUGGUGCGGGUCCCUGGAAUUGGGCUAAUAUACACUGACUUAGUAACAGGAAUACCUGCUAUCUUUGGUCAUUUUGUGACAAAUUUGCCAGCAUUUCACAAAGUGCUUGUGUUUGUAUGCAUCAAAUCAGUUCAAGUUCCUUAUGUUCCUUCUGAAGAACGUUACUUGAUAGGUAGAAUAGGCCCAAAAGAAUACCGGAUGUUCCGGUGCAUAGUUAGAUAUGGUUACAAGGAGGUUCUUCAGGACAACUAUGAUUUUGAAAAUCAGUUAAUUGUCAAAAUUAGUGAAUUUAUACAGAUGGAUUUCGAAGAAAAUUGUAUUGAAUAUGACACUGACACAUAUGAAAAUGAUAUGGUGAGAGUGGUAAGACCGGUAGAGUCUGUAAUAAAGAUGAUUUUAUCAGAUCAAGAGGAAAAUUCCAUACUUUCACUACAUAAAAGUCCUGAAAGCUUACCCAAUGAAAAUGCUCUUACAGUGAGGAAAAAACAAGUCAAAUUUGACUUUAGGAAGAGUCCCAAGUUAGAUUGCACAAUCAGGAAAGAGCUUAUGGAUCUUAUCGAAGCCAAGGAAGCAGGUGCUGCAUACAUUUUAGGACACUCACAAGUGAAGGCCAAAAACUCAUCCUCAAUAUUGAAAAAAUUUGUGAUUGAUGUUGCAUAUUCAUUUCUCCGUAAGAAUUGUAGAGGGCCAAAUGUUGCAUUGAGCAUCCCUCACAUUUCACUCAUUGAGGUGGGUAUGAUUUACUAUAUCUGAGAAAAACUUUAAAACAUAGGCUGGCAAAGAAAACCCAUCAAAUACCUCAUGCCAAUAAGUUCAGCAAAGCUAUCCUGUACCUUAUUUAUUCUGGUCAGAGACCUGGCCUUGUUGAGAUAUUUUGCUAGAAAACAGUUGCAUAAAAAAAGGCAUCUGGUCAUGUUCUGCAGUUCAAGAAGCCAGUGAGAGAACAGAGUGAUAUCAAUUCCAUAAGCACGACCAGAGAAAGCUUUCUUACUAAAAAAUGAAAUGUUCAUACUUCACAGUGUCCCUACUUCUAGUGACACGUAUUUAUUUGUUUUUCACAGAUAAUAGUUUGAGUUAUUUCUGUUCAUGAAGAGAGGGCAAUACAGAAACUUUAAUGCUGCAACUUUACAUUAUGCAGCAAAUGGGCUUCUGAGAAACCUUUCUUCUGAGAUAUAGAUAUAGUGAAAGUUGGACUCUAUUAUGAUGCAUCAUAUUGCUCAAGGCAGACUCUUGUCUGUUGCAAAUGAUGCAUCAUAUUGUUUUUUGUUCAAGACAAAUUGCUUAAUUCAUAAAUUAAGUACAUCUCAGGCUUCUCUCUUUCUGAUCAUUCGACUGAAUGCUUCAUGAGUAAUAAAUAUGCAUGAUUUGUAGCUCAUCAAAACAUGUAUUAGAUACAGCAGUUUUUCUGAAGCAAAUAAAACUUUUUCCCAUCUGACA